AUGGCGGACUCAAACACCAUGAGCUCCGGCUCUGGCAAAGGUCCUCAUGGUGGCGUUCGUCUCGCAGAGCAUUCUCCCCAGUUCGCUGCCACUCGCCAGCCGUUCGAGUCGACGCCACCCUCGACAAACGGCACUGUUUGUGACUCCAAGUCGCCAUCAGACGUCUUCGCGGCCGAUCUUUCUGACCAAAAUUCGCAGCCAUACACUGGAGACUACCAGCUGCCUCAGCCUCCCAAGCUUCAGCAGGCAAACAUCGCUUCCACCAACAGUCAGGGGGUUUCUCAGCACGUCAGAUCCUCCAACGUCCAGGGUCCCGGCAGUUUUUCCGCAGGAAAGGCAUCCAUCCGUUCAGAGGGAACCGUCCUUGCGACUCCUGCUGGCCGUUCCGUCAUCGAACCCACUGCUGCGGGCCAUCGAUCCGGUCCUCUUCCUUCGACCACUCCUAGCCGCGAUUUUGGACCCGUUCCGCCCAACAUCAAAACUCCCAUUAAUCACACUCCCGGCUCCUUGAACACCGAGGUUCGACGCACUCAGUCGGGUCCGGGCCUCGCAACCAUCUCAGAGGAGAAGAAAAAAGCCACUCACAACACCGAGCGCGGCCAGACGAAGAAGAUAAUCGCAGAGAUGGCUGCCCACUGCCAGAUUGAUGGCCCCUUGGUCGGACCUCUUCGGGACAGCAGACGCUCUGAGCUUGCCCGAAACCACCCUGCUUGGAUUCCUGCCCGUCAAGUUCAAGCAGGUAUCAUGACUACCCAGCAGGCGAUCCGCCGCACCCCUGGCAUCCCCAGCAAGAUCGCCAACGAUCUUUGCGAGGGUCUCCAGAAAUAUGCUCAGCAGGUUAACGAUGUUCUUCGCCAGGCGGUCAACGAGGUUGCCGACAUCAAGAUUGACCUGGAGUAUAACGACAAGGUGCUCUGCUCCAGCAAGCUGGAGGCCAGCAUCAUUACAGAGGAGCGUGAGCAGCUCAAGAGGGAUAUUGCAGACAUCCAUCGCAAGUACGAGGAUCUUGAAGAUCGCCUUGCCAGAUACCAUGUCGAGCAGGAGAACCACAAGAACGCAGUGCUUGAGUUCCUAGCGCGCCUCGACCCUCGCAACGGCAACGACGAGGAGACCCAGAACGAUACCAUUUCCGAGCUGCUCAAGGUUCUCAGAGACUUCAUGAACCGCCCUAGCUCCCGUUGGAUGCAUGGUGAGCGCGACAGUGACUCAUCCAAGGCCAUCACUGUUCUCAGCUCUGCCAGCAUUGCUGCUCUUGAGAAACAGAACCAUCCGGAGCAGGCUCAGCAGCAGGCUCAGAAGGCUCAGCAAUCUCGGGAGACUCAUGCUUCUCAGGCAAACGAUUCCCGCGAGGUCAUGCCUUCGGCGAGCAAUGCCCUGCAGCCAUUCAAAUACCAGCAGAACACAGAGCAGCACUCCGCCCUCGCCUACGCGCCUGCUCAGAACGGACCGCUCUCUUCAUACCCAGGCACUUUCGGCAACGCUAGACGCCCUGCGGACAACCGCACCAUGUCGUCUGCUGGCUGGACCCGCUCCUCCGGCGUUGCGCGCGUUCAGCACAGCAUGGCCCCUCAUGGUUCCUACUCCCGACCCGGAGAUACUUGCAACGAUUUCACCAGUGGGUACAAGCAGCCCAACGGCUUUGAGGACCCUGGUAGUUCGAGCGGUCGUUUCGACACGAUGCCGUCUCGCCCCGGCACUUCCAUGGGCAACCGCGGCGGCUCCAACCAAAACACCUCGUUCCGCCCCAAUGCACCAGAGUUUCAUCCCAGUAUGAAUGGCGGCAUGGACCACGGCUUCGAUAGGGUUGAUUCUUCUUACAACCUCAGCUACGGCCCGGGGUCCAAUGCUGGCUCUCGCCACAGCUUUAACGGCGGUGGCGGUGGACAUUUCACCAGCCCGACUCCUCGCUCUGUCAGCCGUAACAAUUUCAGCAACUUCGAGGGUCCUCCCCCCUGCGGCCGCUACCGCGGUCCUCCUGAGGUGACGUUUCCAUCCCAGGGCCCCCCUUUCGGAAUAGGCUCGAGCCAAACGCUCUACAGAAACGAAUACAAAGUUGUCAAUCAGACCAACCGUACCCACGCCCAGAACUCGUCCGGCCACAACUAUCACACGGGCAACUACCCUCAGCAGGGCAGUUUCAGUCCUGGCUCUUUCGGCCAGGGCGGCAGCGGCUCCGGCCGUACGGUCACUAGCCCUUUCGCUCUCGGCCACGGCUUCAACGAGGGGGCCGGCGACAACGAACGCUAUGCCCGCGCCUUUGAGGGUGUCUGGGGUCUUGCUCGGGGCUAG